ACAAAACUCCAGCAUUUCAAACUCAGCCCCCUUUUCUAAAACCAAGCCAACCUGUUGAGUGUCACAGUGCUGAAGAAGGUAGGGUGUUGGCGGAUUGUGUGGAGAAAAGUCGCUGGUUCUGAGUCAGAUAUCCGCCUUCUUGGAAGACAUUUCCUCGGUUUUGCUAAAUACAACCUGUGAGAGGUAAACAGCCUCGAGCGUGAAGAUGUCAAAGAUCUGUGCUUUGGUGUUGAUGACACUUGUGUCCCUGGGGUUUGCAGAAGAACAGAACUUGGAAGAGGACCCAUUUAACUUUGACUACCACAGGCUGCGUGUUGGAGGCCUGAUUCUAGCGGCUGUCCUCUGUCUCAUUGGCAUCACCAUCCUGUUCAGUGGCCACUGCAGGUGCAAGUUCAACCAGGACAAGAGAAGGAGGACAGGAAGCAAUGCUCAGCAGAUGCUCUCUGACCAAGGUCGUUCCUGCGAAUGCUAGAUGUCAACCAGAACAAACACUGACUUCCUGAACCUGCAACCAUCAGAUAAGAUGGAGGAGCAGCAGCAGCAGCAGGAUUUGAUACAUCCAACGAGAGGCUUUUGUUUUUUUGUUAGAGAGCAACAGAAGGUAGUCUGUGUACCGGCUGUGAGGUGUGAGCUACUGCAGCCUGCACCUACACACAAACACACACAUAUGCUGUCACUUUCAUUUUAAUCAACCAAACCUUAUUUGGUAUUUAGAAGUUGAAAAGGCUCUGCCAUGAGGAAACUGUCAUAAAAAACUUUUUGAGAAUGUCUUCAAUAAUUCUCUGUUUUGUCAUUCAUUGUUGAUGGUUGUGGUUGAUUGAGCUGAAAGUGACCUCAUACAAUGGUUAACACACCUAUUACCAAAAAAAUCCAUUUUUUGUGUCCACAUGCUGUAGGCUGCGUCAAUGUCUCACACUACUUUAGUUGUCUGUGCUGUGAGUGUACGGUAAACAUUGGUGUAGAUAUUAGUCGCUUAUUGUGACCAUCCUAACCCACUGUCCAUGCUUUCAUGUCACAUAUAUGGAAUCCACAUAUUCAUGAGUGUUUAAAGUACUGUUGAUAAAUCAUAAUAAUCUGUUAAUUCCCAUGUUUAGCUUUAUGGAGGAAAGUAGUGGAUUGCACUGUUCAGAGAUACAGAAACACUCUGUCAUGUUUCUAUAAAAGAACCAUUGAAACAAA